GGUGUUGUCGAGUUCAAAGUACGCGAUUACACCUUACAUCAAACUAACCUAAAUUUCUUAUCUAAAAUCUUGUAUACAAAGUACAGUAUCGUGACGAAAUGAUAGUUAUCUCGAGAUUCGUUACCAAAAACGGCUUCGCCGUUUCUCAGGGAAGAUAUAUCGCAAGAACAUUAUCCACCGAGAAGAAAUAUGUGCAGACAACUGAAAAAAAUGGGGUCAGAACUAUUUGUUUGUGCGACUCUUCUACGCGCAAUUCCCUAUCGCUGGGGAUGCUAAAAACUUUGGUGACAGAGAUCAAGAGAGAUGAGGACAACAAGGACCUCCGGUCGAUCGUACUCAUGUCUGAACAAGGAAAGGUGUUUUCUGCCGGACACAAUCUGAAGGAACUGACAGCUACGAACGCCAAAUCUCACAAGGACGUGUUUGAGAUCUGUUCGGAGUUGAUGCGCGCCAUCAAUCAGAGUCCAGUGCCAGUAAUCGCAGCGGUGGACGGUUUGGCAGCCGCAGCCGGCUGUCAAUUAGUUGCGGCGUGUGAUAUCGCGGUGUGCACGGAAAGAAGUUCGUUCUCCACUCCAGGAGCGAAUGUCGGAAUAUUUUGCUCGACACCGGGUAUACCACUGGUACGCAAUGUGCCAAGGAAGAACGCAAUGUACAUGCUGUUUACUGGAUUUUCUAUAUCCGGUAAAGAAGCUUACGAAUGCGGUCUCGUUAGCAAAGUCGUGGCGAACGACAAGCUCGACGAAGAAAUUCAUCGAAUUACAGAAGCAAUUAACAUAAAGAGCCGCUCGGUUGUGCAUUUUGGUAAAACAUUCCUGUACGAACAAAUUACUCUUGAUAUAUCGACAGCAUAUGCUCUCGGCACCGAAAAAAUGGUAAAUAAUCUGAAAAUGAAAGAUGCUCAGGAAGGAAUACAAAGUUUUCUGGAAAAGAGAAAGCCGAAUUGGUCUCAUGAUUUAACAAAUAGCGACGCAAAGCGGAAGUAUAGUUUCUCGUACGUCGACAACAAAGACAAGACUUUCCUUUGGUUGAUGAAUCUUACCGAGACCAUCAUCGUUGGCGGCUGCCUGAGGCUUGAAGCUUCCCGGAGGAUCGAAACUCGAAGGACAAAUCGAGACAAGAAAAGAGGAAGCACACCGAAGGCGAGCCUGGCGACAGAAAGACAAUUUACGAAAAGGCAGAUAACGGAAUUGCUUUUCGAGAAUUGCAUCGACUGUGGAAAAAUGGCUUCCAUUCCGCAGGGUGCUUUCGCAGUGUGUAAAGUUCGCUAUAACGAGGAGCAAACUGUUUCUAUGAUGAAGAAAAAAGAAAAAACUGAAGAAAAGAAGGAAAAUGUAUUCAAUCCGAGGCCUCCUCUAGAGGGUUGGGAGCUAAUGCCACUCAAGUACAACAGUAAACUGAUGAAUAGCAUUUGGGGCUUGUACAAUCGUUAUUCGGUACACAAUUUUAAGAAGAACACUGAUGCCGAGAAGGGGGCCCUCGGUGGGGUGGCCGCGGCAAUCUGGGGCAUCAUUUUGGAGAACCAACCCUCAGCCAAUGCCGCCGUCACCGCCACCGUGGAAGCCCCACAGAUCAUGAGGACCAGAAAUCGCCUUUAAAAUUUUAAACGCGACGCUGCCAUGUAACUUCAAAAAAUCAUUAAAAAAUAGUAGUUGGGAAUGAGCAAUUUAUGCGCAUAAUUACAAUAUAAA